GCGCACGCAUCCCCCCCGGAAGCCCGCGGAGGAGGAUCCAACGGACGCUGAGGUGGGGGGGACGGGGAGCAAGAAAAAGGACCCCGGUAGGUGCGAAAAAAAUCUCCGCCACGCGAUGACCUGUGGAUGGGUCCCCCACCCUGGCAGCUGGGGGUGGCGGUGACCUCGAGCCCUGGCGCUGCCCUUUCCUGGGGGGGACAUGGGCUGGAGUCGCCGCCCGUGGCUAGGCUCCCCCCGCUGCACGGCCCCGACCCCUGACUGGAGACAGGAGGUGCCCUGCAGGAUGCCCUGGGCCGCUCGGAAUCAGGGGCUGGUCAGCUUCACGGGCACAGCACUGCCAUGCACCCACCAGCCGCCCCACGUGGCAUCACUGGCCCUCAAACGCCGCCUGGAGAAGGAGGAGCAGCAGCCCGGCCCAAAGCAGUUCCUGUCGGAGGAGAAGAUGGCGGCUCGUUUCAACACUCUGAGCUUGGAGAACGACCACGUCUACAGCGGCAACGGGUUGCCCACCCGGGGUCCGGCGCCCGACCCUGCCUGGGCACAGGAUUACGCCCGCUGCCCACAGCCGGAGCAGAGGCUGCCCGCGGCUGGAGGGAGUGAGGACGCCGGCGGGGCAGAGGCCGAGCGGGGCAGCGUGGUGCUGGAGGGGGAGUUCAGCAUGGCCGACUGCACCCCCCUGCAGUACCUGAGCCCCUCUGCAGAGCUGGUGCUGUGGACCCCCCCGGGGAGCCAGGUACCCCACUCCAUCCGGACCCUUAUGCUGUCCCCCAGCCCCCUGGCUGCCCCCCCGCUGCUCGCCCUGGGCCAGGGGGCACAGCCGGAGGAGAUGGAGCUGUGAUGCCGGACCAUUCCCCGUCCCAGCUGGAGAGACGCUGGGUAUGACUCACCCCAGACAGACCCUGUCCCCCACGCUGCGAGCUUCCCCGCAGCAGUGCCACCCACAAGACAAACCGUAUUGGUCGUUGUGUCUCUCCUGCUGCCCCGAGGGUCAAUAAAGGACAGAGCUCUGA